AUGCAUCUCAAGAAGUCCGCCGUUCUGGCCGGAGUGGCCAUGAUCCCCGUGGCUUGCGCCGUACCCGCGAAGCGAGCUGUUGCCGAUACCGCUGAAUGGACGGAACUUCACCGGGCAGCGCAACUCUCCUCAGCCGCAUACACGGGCUGUAUCGGCAAAGCCUUUGAUGUGACUAUCACGAAGCAGCUCAAUGAUCUGGCCACAGAUACACAGGGCUUCAUUGGCUACUCCACGGAAAAGAAGCGUAUCACGGUCGCCAUGAGAGGCUCAACAAGCGCGACUGACAUCGCGAACGACGUGGACACCACGCUGGUGACCCCCAGCCUUUCUGGCAUCGACUUCCCGUCUGGCGCCAAGAUCAUGCAUGGCAUUUACUCGCCCUGGUCCUCGGUGCACGACACGGUCAUCUCUGAGGUCAAGUCCCUGGUAGAGCAAUAUCCGGGCUAUGACCUGGAGUCGACCGGUCACUCUCUGGGAGGGUCUCUGACCUACAUGUCGUACAUUGCUUUGACGCAGAACUUCCCGGAGAAGACGGUCAUCAGCAAUGCGCUGGCAGCGUACCCGAUCGGCAACUCGGCGUUCGCUGAGUUUGGUUCCUCGCAAAACGGCACGUUGAACCGGGGCAACAAUGCCGGUGAUGGCGUUCCGAACAUGUAUAUCACGUGGCCGUAUGACUUUGCCCACUACGGGACGGAAUACUACAGCUCGGGAACUCAGAGCAGCACCGUCAAAUGCGGCGGCGAGCGGGACACUCAGUGCUCUGCCGGCAACGGCAUGUUGGGCGUCACGGCAGGUCACUUUUCCAACUUUGGGAUCUCCCUGGGUAUGGCGGGGUGCAGCGCUUCGCUGUUGUAG